CUCAGCUAAUGAUUUGAAGGAGGGAACCUACUGAAGCCUCCCUCCUCAUCUUUGCCAUCAAUCUCACUUCAUUUGUUGCUGGAAGUUUGUGUGGCGGACCCUGCUGAAGAUAGGUCUGCUUUUGGACGAGGAGUUCAACGGUUGCCGUCAGUCUUGGUGGCUGGCUGACUUUAGUGGGAAGGGGCAGGAUGUCCAACAACAUGGCCAAGAUUGCAGAUGCUCGAAAGACGGUAGAACAAUUGAAACUGGAGGUCAACAUAGAGAGGAUGAUGGUAUCCAAAGCAGCUGCUGAUUUAAUGGCCUACUGUGAAGCUCAUGCCAAAGAGGACCCCCUGGUGACGCCGGUGCCUUCAUCUGAGAACCCAUUUCGAGAGAAGAAAUUAUUCUGUGUGAUACUAUAACCUCAAUGUGAGCGCGGCGAACAUUAGAGCUAUUUUAAUGUCGAAUUUGUUGUUGGCUUCAAUUUUUAUUUAUGUUUUUUUAAAAAAAUAACAUUCAGCUUUAAUUGUAGCAGCUCCCUGGUGACUAACUUCACUUGGGAAAUGAUCAUCUUUUACACAUGAUAAUGAGGACAAUAAAAAUGUAUUAAAAGUGGGUGCAAAGUUCAUUUAAACAGGCCAGUGCUGCUGUCUUUCCUUGUGCACACAGCUUAUAUAUUAACCAAAUUGUGUCUAAGUUCUCCCUCUAAAGUUUUUCAAACACGAUAAAAAUCUUUAUUCACACCAAACGUGAAAGAAAAAAAGAA